AGUGCUCUUACCGCCAUGGCUCCCAAAAAAGUUGAACCGAAGAAGUCCGAAGUGAAGAAGGUGGAGGCCAAGAAGGAGGAGGCUGUCCCCACACCAAAACCUCCUGAACCAGAGCCCAAUCCCAUGGAGGAUCUGAAGUCUGUGGUGGUGGAAUUCACCGCCGACCAAAUCGAAGAGUUCCGUGAUGCCUUCUCCCUGUUUGACGAGACGCCCUCCGGGGAGAUGAAGAUCCGAUUUGCCCAAUGUGGUGACGUGAUGCGUGCGCUGGGACACAACCCGACCAACGACGAGGUUCUGAAGCUUCUGGGCCGGCCCAAGCCCGAGGAGCUGAACGCUAAGAUGCUGGACUUCGACACCUUCCUGCCAAUGCUGCAACAUGUGUCGCGGGCCAAAGAGCAAGGCAGCUUCGAGGACUUUGUAGAGGGACUGAGAGUCUUUGACAAAGAGGGGAACGGAACUGUGAUGGGCGCAGAGCUGCGUCACGUUCUGUCAACGCUUGGCGAGAAGAUGACUGAGGACGAAGUGGACCGGCUGAUGGUUGGGCAGGAAGACAGCAAUGGUCACAUAAACUACACUGAGUUUGUCAAGCACAUCUUGGCAGGUUAA